AAAGAGGCUGCUGCCAUGCAGCCUCCUGAGGCCGGCCCACCUGUCAUCCAAUUCCGCCACUGUGGGAAGGAUGUCUAUUGCUUCAGGGUGCCUGCCCUAUGCCCGGUGUGCCAGCAGCCCAUGAGCUUCAGCAAGCUGGACGAGGCACCUGUGAGCAUUGCCACCCCACUGACCGAUGGGCACCAAGAGCAGUGCGUCUUCCUGCUCAGGCCGACCCGAGGGACCUUCCUUAGGGAUUAUGAUGGAAAUGCUGAUCUCCACGUUGGAAUAACCAAUACACAUGGAAUUGUGUAUAAUUAUAAUGAGCAAGGUGUCCACAGAGAUGAAGCUGGGUGGAAACAGAGUAUAAGUAUUCCGCUAUUACAGCCCAACAUGUUUGGACUGAUGGACCAAUGGGAUAAAUAUCUAGAAGAGUUCUCUGCAACAGAUACCUGGUCUCCAAACAGGUAUGAAGAACAUUGCCACAACUGUUAUUCAUAUGCCCUGACAUUCAUCAAUUAUAUACUGACCGCAGAGAGGAAGCAUCAGUUGGACAAAGAUGAAUUCACCGAGAAAUUUGUGGUCCCGAGGACAAGGAGGGCUUCUAAGUAUAUCACUCUCUAUCGGGCAAUAGAAGAACAUGGUUUCUACAUUGUUGAUCGCCUGGAUGCUGAUACAAAUCUUCCUUAGGGGAAUAAUUUAUGAAAUUGUAAAAUGUCCUUCUCUGUCCACAAAGGCGAUGAAGUUUGGAGAGCUGCUAUACAAGGGAUUGAUUCCUGAUGUGCACUGGGUUGUGAUGGCUGGUGGCCAGCCUCCUGGUGAUGGGCCUUCUCAUAAGCAGUCUGGGCCUCAGGCAGUCCAUCACUAGUACCACACCUGGAGUCUUUCCUGCAUCACAUGCCAGAAAUCUUGCUUCUUUGGUCUAUUCUUCAAGAAUCUGGAAUAACUUUCCGGCCACAAGUGACAUAAUUAGAGUUUAAUCUUUAAAUUGUAUUGAUGAUAUUUAUAUCACAAUCAUUCCUGAAUAUAUUGCCCCUCUUCCCACCCACCCCCAUAGCACUGAACCAUACUAUUUUGUUUGUUUG